GUGAGAAGCUGGCGAGCCCCACACACGUGCACUUUGCUGCAGACACAGCACAUCACCUGCUGCGGGGGAAACCACAACACAACCGCUCCAGUGAUGUCCGCUACCAAAGUGCUUCUCCCCACAGCUACGGCAUGAAUCUCCCGUGGACAGCCAUCCCAAACUGCAUGAACAUCACAGGGCACUCCUGUGACCUCACAUACUACACCCUGGAACCUACCCGACGCUACUAUGCACGGGUCAGGGCCGUGUCCGGUACUCACGUGUCCCCGUGGCAGAGGACCAACUCCUUCUCUCCACAGGAAGCCAGCCUGCGCCUGUCAGGCCAGAGCCUUUCUGUGACCGGCAACAUCAUCCAUGUUCAGCUGCAGCUGCUCCUCAGGGUGGGGAACCUCACUGUGAAAUACGACGACAUACAGAAGCACGCGAGGCGAUACCGGGUGUACAUCAGGAGGGCACAGGACAAUCGGACGUAUGAAAUGCUCGAGACUGCCCCGGAGUUCAACAUCAGCAACCUCUUCUGGGACACAGAGUACUGCGUCAGCGUGGAGCCCGACGUGGCCACCCGGCACACUCGCACCACGCGCACCGAGGAGCGGUGCGUCACCAUCGGCAAGAGGAACAGCAGCGCAGAGCUUGUCCCGAGCAUCGCCUGCUCCUUCAUCACCCUGCUGCUCCUGGGCCUCCUGGGGCUUCUGCUGGUGUGCACCUACAUAAAGAAACCUGUGAGGCCACCCUCCGUCCUGAAGUCUUUCAUAAAGCAGAGCUCGCUCUGGAUGGAGCAGGAGUCCUUGCCCUCAGGCAGCCUGGACGCAGACCCCAUCCAGCAGCUGUUCCUCUGCCAGAAGGCGUCCCAGCAGGACCAGAACCCCAACAGCAGCACCAGCACAGCCCAGUUGCCCCUGGAGAAGGACUGGAGGCUCCCAUCAUGGCCUGAGGAUCGAGUGUGCCUGCUGGGGCCCAUGGGAAGCAGAGACAGCAGCUGCACCAGCACCGACAGCGGCAUUUGCCUGCACACCUCCUCCUCUGCACUAAGCUGCUCCUCGGGCCUCGAGCCCCAGGGCUACAGGCAGCAGCUGCCCAUUGGCGAUGACAGUGGCGUGGGCUUCAAGAGCACCUGCCCUCACCCUGCGCGCUCCUCCGGUAGCGGGAAUGCCAGUGUCACGAAGGCCAGCCAGUCCCAUGGAGGGGAGCUCGGCUGCUCCCCUGCCACCGGCCAGGACAGCCAGCAAGACGUGGAGUUCCGUGGGUACCUGCAGCAGUCCAAGGGUACAGUGGAGCCAAGGCAGGACCCAGCCAAGGGGGUGACCUUCUCAGGCUGUGCAGGGUCCCCACAGGGCGUGGGCAGCACUGACAUGCUGGAGGUAGAGAAGUGCUCUGAGCUGGCUGUGGCCAGAGGGUAUCUGAAGCAGUCCUCUCCCGAGCAUCUCUGCAGCUACGCACAGGACCUUGCUCCUUCAGCUGCUCAGGAGCACGCCGUCUGGGCCUUUUCCAGCCAGGUGGGGCCACAAGCCCCAAAUCUCCUGCGCUACGGUGCUCCCUUGGUCUCCAAAGCCAGCCAGCCCGAACUCCUGAAAGCUCCCUUCGACAUGAGCAUCUUCAACACUGACCUCCUGGGGACGCUGCCCCUCAUCUCCAGCCUCAGCACCAACAAGUGGCUCAUGCUGCAAAUCAACCCCCUGAACCUGCUCAACGGUGACAGCAAGGACAGUCGUCUGUGA